GAAAAGGCCUAUUUUAGACAUUUAAUUGCAAAAAUAAAUAGUGUUAUCUACUAUCACAGUGCAUAAGUGAUAAUACAAUGAAAAUACGUUAAUGGUUCUUCUUUCACACUGUGCAGAUCAAUAACAAAUGAAAGAUGGCGCAAAGUUCACACGGAGGCAGCCACCGCCGCAGUCGGGAGCCCGACCUUCGGUACUCCACCACCGACUGGGAGGCCAAGGAGGCCCUCAUCCAACGGGAGCUCGACGAGGCUCGAGCCCGCGCCACGCAGAUGGAGAAAACCAUGCGCUGGUGGUCAGAUUGCACUGCCAACUGGCGGGAUAAGUGGAGCAAGGUCCGCAAUGAAAGAAACAAGGCAAGAGAAGAAGCGAAACAGCUCAAAACAAAAGUAGAUUCCUUAAGCAAAGAGUUAUCUAUGCUCAAAGCGGAAAAAACUAACCUAGGCCAACAGUUGACUGAUGUUAUUAAAGACAACGAAAAACUACUAACUAUCGGUGAAAGCAGAAUAGUCUCCGGUGAACUCACUACUGAAGACGGAGUUGAAUUAAGAAGGAAAGGUUAUGUCUCCCCGAACGAACCCCGACAAAGAGCAUCAUUAGACUCACACAAAUUCUCUAAUGUAGAUAACGUUCUCGCUAGCAAACUAAGCGAAAUGAGACUGAGAUUGGACGAGACUUGUAAAAGUUUGCAGACGGAGAAGGAUCAGAAAGCGUUCCUACUAGCUAAAGUAGAAACGUUGACCGCCGAGUUAAAUAAUAUGAAGAUGCAAGAAACACAUAAUGAUAGGACGUUGGGAUCAACGGAUUCUAGUCAUAGCGAGGUGGAACGGUUACAGAAUGAGUUGCAGGAUGAGGUGGCGGCUAAGCAGACGCUGGAGGAGAAGAUAGCGGAGAUGAGGAUGGAGAUUGAGAAGCUGAAGUCGGACAACACAAUACAGUGGAGUAAGAGGGAGUUGAUGGAGACAGAAAAUAUAGCGAUACUGAGGGAGAAUAAGAAACUUUAUAGUCAGGUCUGUGAACUAAGAGAGCAGAUACACAAACUAAACAGGAUCUCAGACGGGAGCGCCUAUGGCACCACCUUCGACUACAGACUAGACGACUACCACAGAAAAGGCAGUCCCCGGACCCAUGAGAAACGAGACAAAUUCAACGAGUACUCCAGGUUAGACCCAAAUCUCUAUGAAGAUGAUAAGAAGAAUAGCAGUCGCUCACAUUCAAGCAAUGGUUCUUCGGAGGCCAAUUUUCAGAAAACUGAAGACGAGCUAGCCAUAUUAGAGAAAAAUCAGAAUUGAAUAUAGUUUGAUAGCCUGCCUUCGAUUAUAGACUAGAAGACUACCACAGAAGGCAGCCCCCGGUCUCAUCUCAGACACUAGAGAUCAAAUAUAUGAAAGAGGCGCGUUCCUAGCACACAGUCUAAGCUCGUGUAGGUGAACGCGUACUAUGCUUGUAUGAGUGAGAUAUGACAGGUCGACUGUUCGCGUUUUUGAC